AUGGCAGGACUGUGGACCCCAGGGGCGAUAACCCCCGCGGUGACUCCAGCAGGCAGCACAGCAGACUCCGAGGAGAAUGAAAAGAUCCUGUCCCCAGAUUUUCUCUCAACUGACCAGAUCGCCGAUCUGCUGGAAGAAAUGGACAUGGAUGAAGUUCAAGAAAAAAUGAGAGUGAUUCUGAAUUUCAAGAAUCUCCAGACUUGCUUAAGAGAUGCCAUUCUGUUAGACUACUAUGUGUCUGGGUUCUUUUGGGCCAAAGACAUGAACUUUUCCGUCUACCAGCAUUCAAAAUUCAUGACUUUGCUGGACAUGUUACUGCAUAAUCUUCAAACACUGCACAUGUCCUUAGAGGACAGCAUCAAGUGGCUCGGGGAAGUGAUGGCAGAAAUUGGACCUAACCAUUCACAGAAGAAUGAGCAGUUGCACAUCUUUGAUGUCAAAGAUGCCAAUGCCAUCAUCGAUUACUUAAAAAUAAGCUUAUUCCAGCACUACAGGCUCUACGAGUUUAUGUUCUACUCAACCAGGGAAGAAAUUGUCAUCGGAACCUCGCAAACAAUAGAAGUCGUCAAGCCUGCAGACCACCCUUUCCCAGCCCCGCUGGAGGAAGGAAUCUCUUUGGACAUCUUUUCAGCUUUCAUAGAGCCGAUGCCGGCCCUGGAGACCGAAGGGAAGGUGCUGGAUCAAGAGCAAAGCCCUCAGGAGCCCCAGCCAGAGAGUGAAGUGUCAGAGGAGGACCCUUUAGUUGGCUUCACCAUCGAUGAUGUAAAAUCAGCACUGGCUCAAGUGACAGAUGAGGUUUUGCUAAACAUUCAGAAGGAGAUAAACGAAAAACUGCAAGUACAGGAACAGGCCUUUAAUGCACGAAUAGAGAAACUGAAAAAGGCCUGAGGAGUCUGUUUGAGCAGAGUGAUGCCGGACUUCAGAGAAACAAACAGAACUGGCCAGAAUAAUAGUUCUCUGGAGUGUUGCGUCACCUCCAUGCCACCGUGGAAGGAAAGCCCAGUUUUAUUCCUCCCGACUGAUUAGCGGCACCUGGUCCCUACUCUCAUGUCCUCACACCCACCUCUGAGUUUGCAGUACCAACUGCAACAGCACUGCUUUGUGUGGAAGACUUUGGAGAGUUACAUAUGAAAAUACAAUUGCUGUUAGGAUGCCCCUGUGUCAUUUUGACUAAUAAAUACUAUUCCUCUCUAGAAGAAUGAAAGCAGUCUUUUGAAAUAACCCCCCCAAAAAAAUAAGUUCUACUAUUUUGGACUAGAUGUCCUGUCACAUUAUGUGUAGCACUGUGUGGAGAGGCCAUACCUUACUACAAGGGCAAACUUGCUAAAUAACAGUCACAUUGGCAUGUUCUGCAA